AGGAAUUCUAUUUGGACGGAUGGCUCGAUUGCACGAUACAAAGUUUCGCAGCCACCCAACACCGUCACUUCCCCAUUUCUUGUCAUGUAUCCGUACUGGUGUGUCUUCCCCCCUAAGACCUGAGAAGAGGACGAGCUUGCUCUCCAUGGGACAGCGUGGCCCUUACUUGGUCACCGUUCUUUGCUCGGGAAACAGAACCCGGCAGGGGGGAAAUUUGAAAGAAUAUCUUUUUCUGAGCCAUUGCAAGAUUUGCUGAACAAGAAGCUACAAGAGGCCUGAUGGUUUGUCUGAGAAAGAAUAGGUCGUCGUCGUCACUCAACUGAAACGGCGACCUCUCGAAGCUCGGGGGAUUUCUUUCACGAAACGUAUCCUGUUUGUCACCCCACAACAGGUUUUCAGUCUUUACUUUGCUUUCGAAGGAGUCUGAGGGGUUGUUCACUGCGCACCUACCGACUCUUCUCGUGCCUGAGAGACAGCCGGACGGUGUCUACGCGCAUGGGCUCUGGGUGCCGUUCACGUCCGAGCGAGUUAUAGAUGCUUGAAAAAGCGAUUCUUCUCUGAAGGAACGCUGGCGCUCGUCUACCGCGGAGUGGCAACUCCUCCAAGGUCUUUGUCGAAGUCAUUCGGUGGAACAAGACUCAUGGACACAGGCAGCUUUGAAAGAGUCGCCGGAUCCCUGUAUACUUCCUUGUGCUUGAGUUCGGAGCUGACGCUGAAGUAGCAGGGGCUUCCACACGGACACUGUCAAGAAGGGGAGGUGCCCGGGGCUUACGGCAGUACUCCUUGUCUCGAACAGAUCUGGUUUCCCGUGUACUUCAACAUUCAACAAGAUGGAAGUCUGGCUGUUUAUUUUGGGAUAUCUCAUCCACUUUGUGGCGAGCUGCGUGCUUGUGUGCAAGAUUCACCAACAACGCACCGUCUACGGAUUGUCAAUAGACACCCAGAUUUGCUUCCUGGCUGCGACAUUGUCGCGAUGUGUCUGGUACUUGGACACCCGUCUAGUGGAGACCUGGCUGGCCUAUUUGGAGCUCUUGUGUAGCACGCUUAUUUCAGGCGUGCUCACUUACUAUUUAUGGUGUUACCGUCACACGAACACCAAGAAUGUCUGGGCCCCAUGCCAAGCAGCCGUCAUCAUUCCUGCUACCAUGCUGACGGCGUUCUUCAUCCAUCCGGGUCGGCAUUGGUGGACGGUCCAGAUUCUUGUUGCCUUCUCGAUAUAUACCGAAGCUGUAGGCCUGCUUCCGCAGCUGUGGUAUAUGCGACGAAUGCUGGAGAUCGAGCCUUUGACAUCUCACUACGUUGGUCUGCUUGUGCUGUCUCGUGUCGUGAGACUUUUCUUUUGGGUCACCCUUUAUUUCCAGGGCGAGCACUUUCUGGGUCUGUUUCUCGCGGAUCUUCUUCAUAGCGUUCUGGCUGCCGACUACUUCGUUAUGUGGUGCCGGAAGCUACGGCACGGUGGAGCACUCAUCUACAAGAUAUAGCAAGAUCUUCGGUGGUCACGAUUCUGGACGGAUGGUAAAAAUUCCACCGGUGCCAGCAACAGAGAGAAAAUGAGCGAUUUUGAGUCGCAUUGUUCCAAUACGUAACCUGAAAGUCGUUUCUUUCCACAAACAGACUGGACCAGCCUUAUGAAUAUUCUAGGUGUAUGCGCGGUAUGUCUAUGUUCGUGUUGUCAGACUUUGUGUCACUUGUAGGCAGGCUUGUGGAGGAACCAAGUUUUCGUUCCGAAGCCGUUUAUUUGCCUUCAAUUCUGGUUUUCAUACAUGGGAUUGCUCCGGAUAUAAAGAACCUUCUGAAGAAGGGAAUCCGUGAAGUGUGGAGCAGCGUCGGAGUGUGACUAGAAUGAAAAGAUAUCAACGCGUAUUCGUCACGCGCUGUGACUCCCUAAUCAGGCUGUGUUCGACGGGUACAGUGAUGCCCCUGUUGAAAGACAGCGUGGGAUCGUUCGGGGUUUAGAUCACUAGCCUAUUUUGGUCUAAAGCAAUCGUCAACAGUUUACGCCCGUUAAGCUCAAAACCUGUGAAGUGCAUGCACCGGUUACCAAAGCUGCAGCAGACUGUACAGGUGCAUGGGGAUAAAGAUUACCAGAAACCCGAAAGUCAGCUGCUGAUACCAUCUGAUUCUUGGAGGAAACUCAGCAGCGGGAUGGUUUGUGAGAGAUCGAAGGGCAGCUCCCACCUGUGAUUGCAUAGUGUAAGGGAGAGCUAUUUCACGGACUGGAGAUGUCACAAAUUUCGAAUCCCAACAGGAAUUCAGGUACUAAAUGUGCUGAUGUAGAUGGGCGAAGUGCAGCUGAGUCUGAUGGAAUACCGCACUUCUCAGUGAAAAUGUUUAUCUUCCGGAAUGCUGCCGGAAGGCCGCCACCGAAGAGGCUAUUUUGCAGGUGAACGACUGAUGACCAGUUCAAAACCGGGAGGUAUACGAAGGAUAUUUUGUUUUCGUGUUCUCUGGUGAUUCAUUUUUUGUUUCGCGCGGGUGAGAGCCUGGCGUUACGUCUGUGGCCUCGGGUC